GGCCCUCCGGCCGCCAGGAGAUCGUGGAAGGCUCCCCAGGCAGCCUGGCCCCUCCCGGGGGAGAUGUUGGAGGGCUGUUGGCCUGCUGCUGUGCUGCUGAACAGUAUGCAGUCCUUCCGGGAGCAGAGCAGUUACCACGGAAACCAGCAGAGCUACCCGCAAGAGGUCCACAGCUCGUCCCGGAUAGAAGAGUUCAGCCCUCGGCAGGCCCAGAUGUUCCAGAAUUUUGGGGGUGCAGGCGGUGGCGGCAGCAGCGGUGGCGGCGGCGGACGUCGAGGAGCGGCGGCUGCCACGGCUGCGAUGGCCAGUGAGACGUCUGGCCACCAGGGCUACCAGGGCUUCCGGAAGGAGCCCGGGGACUUCUACUACAUGGCUGGCAGCAAAGACCCCGUGGCCUCAGGGACCCCUCAGCCCCCGCAGCGCAGGCCUUCUGGGCCUGUUCAGAGCUAUGGCCCCCCCCAGGGCAGCAGCUUUGGCAAUCAGUACGGGAGCGAAGGUCACGUGGGCCAGUUUCAGGCCCAGCACUCAGCCCUGGGCGGCGUGUCCCAUUACCAGCAGGACUACGCAGGGCCCUUCUCUCCGGGCAGUGCACAGUACCCACAGCAGGCGUCCAGCCAGCAGCAGCAGCAGCAGCAACAGCAGCAGCAGCAGCAGGUCCAGCAGUUGCGGCAGCAGCUCUACCAGUCCCACCAGCCCCUGCCCCAAGCCGCCGGCCAAUCGGCGUCCAGCUCCUCGCACCUGCAGCCCAUGCAGCGGCCGUCCACGCUGCCCACCUCCGCAUCCGGCUACCAGCUGAGAGUGGGCCAGUUUAGCCAGCACUACCAGUCCUCCACUGCCACGGCCGCCUCCUCCUCCUCCUCCUUCCCCUCCCCGCAGCGGUUCAGCCAGUCUGGCCAGAGCUACGAUGGCAGUUACAGCGUCAACGCUGGGUCCCAGUAUGAAGGCCAUAAUGUGGGCUCCAACGCCCAGGCGUAUGGGACGCAGUCCAACUACAGCUACCAGCCUCAGGCCCUGAAAAACUUCGAGCAAGCGGCAAAGAUUCCACCAGGGACCCAGCAGGGGCAGCAGCAGCAGCAGCAGCAGCAACAACAGCAACAGCAACAGCAGCAGCAGCAGCAACAGCAGCAGCAGCAACCACCACCACCACCACAGCAGCAGCAACAGCAGCACGCCCCACAACACGUGAUGCAGUUCCCCAGCACUGCCAAGCUCCCCCUGCAGAGCCAGGUGGGGCAGUACAGCCAGCCUGAGGUGCCCGUGCGCUCCCCCAUGCAAUUCCACCAGAACUUCAGCCCUAUCUCCAACCCUUCCCCGGCUGCCUCCGUGGUCCAAUCUCCCAGCUGCAGCUCCACCCCAUCUCCUCUCAUGCAGAGCGGGGACAGCCUCCAGUGUGGGCAGGGCAGCGGGUCCCUGGGCUCCAGAAACAGGAUCCUGCAGCUCAUGCCCCAGCUCAGCCCGACCCCGUCGAUGAUGCCCAGCCCUAACUCGCACGCCGCCGCGGGCUUCAAAGGUUUUGCGCUGGAAGGGGUGCCAGAGAAGCGGCUGACGGACCCUGGCCUGAGCAGUCUGAGUGCCCUGAGCACCCAGGUGGCCAACCUGCCCAACACUGUUCAGCACAUGCUGCUCUCCGACGCCCUGACCCCCCAGAAGAAGGCCUCCAAGAGGCCCUCGUCAUCCUCCAAGAAGGACAGCUGCGCCAACUCGGAAGGCUCCUCGCAGCCCGAGGAGCAGCUCAAGUCCCCAAUGGCGGAGUCUCUGGACGGAGGCUGCUCCAGCAGCUCGGAGGACCAGGGUGAGAGGGUGAGGCAGCUGAGCGGCCAGAGCACUAGCUCCGACACAACAUACAAGGGCGGCCCCUCUGAGAAAGCCAGCUCCUCGCCCAUGCAGGGGGCUCCAAACGAAGUCCCCCGGCUCAGUGGCAGCCCCGCCACCAGAGAAGAGGCCACCUCACCCGGUGCCAAGGACACACUGCUAUCUUCCGAGGGCAACCCAAAAGCCAACGAGAAGUCGGUUGGGGUCAUUGUCUCCCGGGAGGCUAUGGCCGGCCGGGCAGAAAAGCCCGGUGGCUCGGACAAAGGCUCUCAAGACGAUGACCCCACAGCCACGCAAAGGCCCCCCAGCUCCGGUGGGGCCAAGGAGGCCAGUCAUGCAGCAGCCAUACAGCCAGAACCUGUGGCGGCCGUGGGGGGCAAAGGCAGCAAGAAUGGUGAGAGCAGCUCCAACCACAACGGGGAGGGCAAUGGGCAGGGCGGGCAUCCUGCUGCGGGACCCGGAUUCAUUGGCCGGACGGAGCCCAGCAAAUCUCCGGGAAGCCUGCGCUACAGUUACAAAGACGCUUUUGGGUCCGGCAUGCCAAGGAACGUCAGCGGCUUCCCUCAGUAUCCCACGGGACAGGACAAGGCAGACUUCGCUGGCCACGUGGAGCGAAAAGGUCGCAACGAGAAGUUCCCCAGCCUCCUGCAGGAAGUGCUCCAGGGGUACCACCACCACCCCGACAGGAGGUACUCCAGGAGCACUCAGGAGCACAGUCAGGGCAUGGCUGCAGGCCUUGAAGGCUCCGGGAGGCCGAACGUCUUAGUGAGUCAGACCAAUGAACUAGCCGGCAGGGGCCUCUUGAACAAAAGCAUCGGGUCCCUCCUGGAAAACCCCCACUGGGGCCCCUGGGAACGAAAGUCAAGUAGCUCCGCCCCGGAGAUGAAACAGAUCAACCUGGCCGACUAUCCAAUCCCCAGAAAGUUUGAGCUAGAGGCCCAGUCGGCCCAUGAGCCUGGGGGUUCCCUCUCUGAGAGAAGGUCGGUGAUCUGUGACAUAUCUCCACUCAGGCAGAUUGUCAGGGACCCAGGGGCUCACUCGCUGGGACACAUGGGUGCCGACGCCAGAAUCGGAAGGAACGAGCGUCUCAAUCCAGGCCUGAGCCAGUCGGUCAUUCUCCCAGGUGGGCUGGUCUCCAUGGAGACGAAGCUGAAGGCACAGAGUGGGCAGAUCAAAGAGGAAGACUUCGAACAGUCCAAAUCCCAGGCCAGUUUCAACAACAAGAAAGCCGGAGACCACUGCCACCCUGCCGGCAUCAAGCACGAGUCCUACCGAGGCAAUGUCAGCCCUGGAGCAGCCACCCACGAUCCCCUCUCGGACUACUGCCCCCAGGACGGCAGGCCCGUGCCCAUGCGCCGGAUGCCUGGUCGGGUCGGCCGGGAGAGCAUGCGGGGUCGGUCCCCUUCCCAGUAUCACGACUUCUCGGAAAAAUUGAAACUGUCUCCGGGCCGGAGCCGGGGGCCUGGGGGCGACCCUCACCACCUCAACCCACACAUGACCUUCGCCGAGAGGGCCAACCGGAGCUCCUUACACACACCCUUUGCGCCCAACUCAGAGAGCUUGGCCUCUGCCUACCACGCCAACACGCGGGCUCAUGCCUACGGGGACCCUGGCGCCGGCCUGAACUCUCAGCUCCAUUACAAGAGGCAGAUGUACCAGCAACAGCAAGAGGACUACAAAGACUGGAGCAGCAGUUCUGCUCAGGGAGUGAUCGCCGCCGCCCAGCACAGGCAAGAGGGGCCCCGCAAGAGCCCGAGGCAGCAGCCGUUCCUGGACCGGGUGCGGAGCCCCCUGAAGAACGACAAAGACGGCAUGAUGUAUGGACCACCCAUGGGGACAUACCACGACCCCAGUGGUCAGGACGGGGGCCGCUGCCUCCUGUCUAGCGACGGUCUGUCCAGCAAAGGCCUCGAGCUGAAACACAGCACCCAGAAGCUCCCGCAGGAGGCCUGCUGGGAUCUCUCCAGGCAGACCUCCCCAGCCAAAAGUGGCGGCCCCCCGGGAAUGAGCAAUCAGAGACGGUAUGGGCCCCCCCAUGAAGCUGAUGGCCACGGGCUGGCCGAGGCUGCGCAGUCGUCCAAGCCAGGCAACGUCAUGCUGAGGCUGCCAGGUCAGGAGGACCACUCUUCCCAGAACCCCUUAAUCAUGAGGCGGCGCGUCCGCUCUUUUAUCUCCCCCAUCCCCAGCAAGAGGCAGUCCCAAGAGGUGAAGGGCGGCCACGCCGAAGACCGUGGGCGCCUCCUCCACCCCCCCAGAGAAGGCGCCGAGAAGGCCUGCAAUUCCUAUGCCCACCUCCCUCACAGCCAGGAUCUCAGGUCUGUCCCUAAGAGAGAACUGGCCAAGGACCUCCCCGGCCCCGAUAGCAGAACCUGCCCUGCCGUCACUCUCACCAGUCCCGCCAAGACCAAAAUCUUGCCCCCACGGAAAGGCCGAGGACUGAAGCUAGAGGCCAUUGUGCAGAAGAUCACGUCCCCCAACAUCAGGAGGAGUGCCUCCUCCAACAGUGCCGAGGCUGGUGUGGAUGCCGUCACUCUAGACGACAUCCUGUCGCUGAAGAGCGGCCCCCCUGAGGGUGGCAGUGCCGCAGCGCAGGAGGCCGAGAUGAUGGAGAAGAGGAAGGGAGAGGUGGGGUCAGAGCUGGGCUGUGCCGCAAGCCAAGAGCUGAACGUGGAGAAGCCCCUGGUGCACCCUUCGGAAGAGUGGCGUGGCAGCGGGGACGGCCAGGUUAAGACCGAGACCCUCCCGGAAACGGGCACAGCAGGCAAGGAAGCCCCCGGCGCCAUGACAACUGCAACCUCACAGAAGCCCGGGGGUCACCAGGGGAGACCAGACGGCCCCCUGGGUGGGGCGGCCCCUCUCAUCUUCCCCGACUCAAAGAAUGUACCUCCGGUGGCCGCUGUGGCCACAGAGGCCGGCGCCAAGGCCGAAGAGAAAGAGAGCGAUGCAGUGACAAUUUCCCCCAAGCAGGAGGGUUUCCCCCCAAAGGGAUAUUUCCCGUCGGGAAAGAAGAAGGGGAGGCCCAUCGGGAGUGUGAAUAAGCAGAAGAAGCAGCAGCAGCAGCAGCAGCAGCCUCCACCUCCCCCGCCUCAGCCCCCUCAGAUCCCCGAAGGUUCUGCAGACGGGGAGCCAAAGCCAAAAAAGCAGAGGCAGAGGAGGGAGCGGAGGAAGCCCGGUGCGCAGCCCAGGAAGCGGAAAACCAAACAAGCGGUCCCCAUCGUGGAGCCACAGGAACCCGAGAUCAAGCUCAAGUAUGCCUCCCAGCCGCUGGACAAAACGGACGCCAAGAACAAGUCCUUUUUCCCGUAUAUCCACGUCGUGAACAAGUGUGAGCUCGGAGCCGUCUGUACGAUCAUCAAUGCCGAGGAGGAAGAACAGACCAAAUUGGUGCGGGGCCGGAAGGGUCAGCGGUCACUCACCCCGCCCCCCAGCAGCACUGAGAGCAAGGUGCUCCCAGCCUCCUCCUUUGUGCUGCAGGGACCUGUCGUGACGGAGUCCUCCGUCAUGGGACACCUGGUGUGCUGUCUGUGCGGCAAGUGGGCCAGUUACCGGAACAUGGGCGACCUCUUUGGACCCUUCUACCCCCAGGAUUACGCGGCCACGCUCCCCAAGAACCCGCCUCCCAAGAGGGCCACGGAAACGCAGAGCAAAGUGAAGGUACGGCACAAAAGCGCUUCCAAUGGCUCCAAGACUGACACUGAGGAGGAGGAGGAGCAGAAGGAGCAGAAGGAGCAGAGGAGCCUGGCUGCCCACCCCCGGUUUAAGCGGCGCCAUCGCUCGGAAGACUGUGCUGGAGGCCCUCGCGUCCUAUCCCGGGGCCUUCCUUGUAAAAAAGCGUCCGCCGAGGGCAGCAGCGAAAAGGCGGUCUCGGACUCAAAGCCCUCCAUGCCCUCGACUUCGGAAGGUGGCCCCGAGCUGGAGUUACAAAUUCCUGAACUACCUCUUGACAGCAAUGAAUUUUGGGUCCACGAGGGUUGUAUUCUCUGGGCAAACGGGAUCUACCUGGUCUGUGGCAGGCUUUAUGGCCUGCAGGAAGCGCUGGAAAUAGCCAGAGAGAUGAAAUGUUCCCACUGCCAGGAGGCAGGCGCCACGCUGGGCUGUUACAGCAAAGGCUGCUCCUUCCGCUACCAUUACCCGUGUGCCAUCGACGCAGAUUGUUUGCUCCGUGAGGAGAACUUCUCGGUGAGGUGCCCCAAGCACAAGCCUCCCCUCCCAUGCCCUCUCCCCCCCUUGCAGAACAAGACAGCAAAAGGCAGCCUCAGCACAGAGCAGUCGGAGCGGGGGUGAGGGGGCAGUGUGCUCAUGGGAGUGAAAGUACAGCAAGCACAGGUGAGGCUGUGGAGAUGACCAGGGUGGACACCCCGACGGAUGGAACCGGCUCUGCUGGCAGCCUUGCCCUGCCCCCCGCGCCAGCUCUUCCUCAGCUCCCAUCACACACACCCCAGGAAAGAAAGACCCAAGAAGUUGGAGUGGCUGUUUCCAUGGACACAAUCUCCAUAGUGACAAUGAGGGGGGAGGGGGGAGGGAAAGGGGGUGACAGGGAAGGAUAAAGUAUAUAUAUAUAAAUCUAUUUUUAGUCUGGAAAGACUUUGUUUAAAUGAAAGGUGCGCUAUCCCUUUUGAUUCUAUUUUAAAAUUACCUAGUUAACUCCAAAUUUGUUCCAAUAACAGUGAAAUUUAAAUGUGAAAUUGAACUGAACAAACUCAUCUCAUAAGGGAUGGGGGUGUGGCUUCCCUCUUGAGCCUGUCUCACACCAGUUCAGAACAUUCUAGGUCCGGGAUUCUUAAGAGCAGACCAGCCACACCCCAGCCAUCUCUGUCAUUCAUUUGUCUCCAAGUGGGAAGGUGGGCGGUGGGGGGGACGGUCCAUGUUUUCAAGAGUGUGGGAGAAUGAUGUUUAAACACAAAAAUAAAUUUUUUUCAUUUCCAGAAAGAAACACUAUUUAUUUAUUAUGUUUAAGCUUUUUUUUUAACUUUUGGGGGGUAAGGUUGGCAGAUGCCUCAGGGUCACAGCCUGUCUGGGGUCACUGGCCAUAAGGUCUGAGUGUCCAGCCGGUGUACAGGCUGGUCAGGGUGGCCGGGGGGUAGCUGGGGUGGGAAAUCAGAUGAGCCUGAGUGGUGGGGGUUUCUGGGGAUGAGCUGACCAGGAACACCAGAACCCCUUUUUCCUUUUAGCUUUCAUUUUUUAUAAAAAGGGGGCCUUUACAGCCCCCGUGCUACAUGAUUCUUUUAUGUUGUUUUUGUUUUGUAAAUUGUAUGGUUUUUAAAUAUCUGAGUUUUAAAAAAAGAGAGAGAAAAAGUACAAAAAAAUCUUGUUAAGGCCUUAAGAAGGGGUUAGUGCAUCUUUCAGGGGUCACUCUGCCAUGGGGAUAAAAUAGCUGUUUCACAAACAGUUUUAUUUAAAAAAAAAAAAAAAUCAAAAAAAUAAUAAACUUCAUUUUAACCUUG